GAAAUACUCGGCAAACGAGCGCUUGGAAAACGUGGCCAACGAUUGCGUGGACCGAAGCCUAGAGACCAUUCUGGCCAAUGAGGCCUCGGCGGGCAAACCGUUCGCACCGGGAGAUUACGUCUACCACUUGUUCCUUAACAUAUUGGCCAACAGUACGUUUGGCCACAGCUACGAUAUCAAUGACCGGGAAUUUCUCGAAUACCGGUACGCGUUCCGGGACUUUGGUCGGGAAGUCGGCUACCAUUUCAUACUAUGGGAAUUCUCGCCAAUACUGCGCUGGUAUGACCGCAAACUCAUCGCACGGCACCGGCAAGUGUUGCGCUCAGUGGUAGACCUGAUACGGGACAAGUUUGUCGGCCACUACCGGGACUACACGGAUGGCGUGGAGCGUGACUUUUGCGACGCCCUGAUCGCCGCCCGGGAGGACGCCCUCCGGGCGGGCAAAGAGUCCGCUCCCUAUCUGACCGACAGUAAUCUGGCGAUCACUAUAUUUGACCUGUUCUUCGCCGGCACCGACACCUCUCAGCAGACGUUUCAAUGGAUGCUAUUGUUUAUCUCAUACUAUCCGGAGGUUCAGCGCCGGCUCAGGGCUGAGAUCGAGGCAGAGGUGGGCGCAGACCGUAUGCCCAGACAUGAGGACCGCAAUCGAUGCCAUUAUUGUAUGGCAUUC